AUGAGCCGAUUGCAGCAGAAUCCAGGCGGUUGCGAGGCGCCUUCUGCGCCGCGCUGGCGUGUCCUGGGGAUCAGCAUUCGGGCAUUCAAGUCGUUUAGCGGGGCAGCUCCCACCAUAUUUCAUUUCGAGAAGGCCCACACGGUAACCUGCAUCUUGGGUGCCAACGGAUGCGGCAAGAGCGCGCUGCUGGAGGCACUGUGCUUUGCGCUCGGCGCUCCUGCGUCCGCGCUGCGCGUGAAGCAGCUGCGCGACGUCGUAUCCACAGAGCGCGACUCCCAGCUGUGUGAGGUGGUGGUGCGGCUGGCGCGGGGCCGCGGCGAGGCUCACCAGGUGGCCACAACGCUGAGCGCGGAAGGCGCGCGCGUAUUCAGGGUGGACGGGCGCGUACGCACAGCGGCUCAGCUGAGGGGCUUCCUGAGGGAGGGGGGGCUGGCCAUUGGGGAAUCCACGGUCAUCAGGCAGGCCCAGGUCACAGCCCUUGCAGACAACAACGCGCCUGGUGCCUUGGCGGAGCUGGUUGCAUCCGUCAGCGGCCUGGCCAGAUGGCGCGAGGAGAGCAAAGCCGCUGCCGACGAGAUUCGCCGCGCGCGCCGCGCCCUUGAUGGCGUCCGCGCAGACCUCGGACGCCUGCAGGCCGCCGUCGCCGCAGACGAGGCGCGCGAGGCGGAGCGGCGGCGCGCGGCAGAGCUGAGGGAGGCCGCGGGGCUGGCGUUGGGGCGCCUGCAGCGAGCUCUCGCGCGGCAGCAGCGGCUGCUCGAGGCGCGGCUCUCGCAGCAGGAGGAGGGGGCCGCAGGGCUAACGGCGGCCGCGGCCGCGGCGGUGAGGGCGGCAGAUCAGGCUGCACAGCGCGCGCAGCAGGCGGAAGACGAGCUGGCGGGGCCAGAUGAGGCAGGGGUUGAAGAGGGCACCUCGGCUGGUCCGGGGCGGGUGGAGGAGGACGGCAUCGCGGGCGCAGGGGCAGAACACGACCGCCAGGCCGCAUCUCUGCGCUCCGACAUUUCCGCGGCCGACGCUGCAGCGCGGGCCGUUCGCGAAGCGGAGGGGCUGCUGUUGCGGCAGCAGCACGGAUCCAGCAGAGCACGCGCUGCUUUGUCGCGCCUUGAGGAGCACCGGCACCAGCUGGAGCAGGCCGCGACGGCUGCCGAGGCGGGCGCUACCGGUGCUGCAGCGCUGGAGCAGCAACUGGAGGAGCUGCUGCAGCGGCUGACUUUUGCUGAUGCGCGCGCACAGGAGCUCGAGCGGUCGAGGGCGGCUGACGAGGGCCUGCUGCGGCAACUGGAGGCGGCGGAGGAGGAGGCUCAGAGCGCUGCGCAGCAGGCAGAUGCAGAAGCGGCCGCAGCUGUUGCAGAGCACGAGCGGCAGCUGCAAAAGCAACCAGGCGGCAGCAGUGCAGACCUCACCGGGGCCCUGCAGUGCGCUGACCGCGCUCUGCUGUCAGCGCAGCGCGAGGCGGCGGCUGCACACGCCGACGCGUGCACAGCCGCUGCUGCGGCCACAGCGACAUCCCCCAGCUUGAACAGCGGCAACGCCGGCGACGCGGCGGCCCCCAGGGCUCUCGCAGACUGCUUUCGAUUCAAGGACCCCGCAGACCUGGGCGUGCAGGGCCUGCUGCGCGCUCUGGCGGCUGUGUGCUCGUCCGCUCUGGACGUCGCCGUAGUGCCAACUGCGGCAGCCGCCGCCGCGCUGCUGGAGCAUCAUCGGCAGCGCGGCGGCGGCGGCAAGCUGCGCAUCUGGCCGCUCGACCGGCUGGCGCCGCCAGACCGUCGGCGCGCACAGCGCGAUGCGCAGCGCGCGCUGGGUGGGGCGGCGCGGGUGACGCUGCCACUUGACCUGUUCGAGUUUGACCAGGCCCACGAGCCCGCCAUGCUGCGCGCGCUGGGCGGCAUGGUGAUCGCCGCUGACGACGCCGCGGCCGGCGAGCUGGCGUCACGCUUCAGCUUGGCCGCAGCAACGCCAGACGGCAGCGUCAGCCAAAGGGGCGCGGUGGCUGGCGGCUGGGACGGGGACGGCGGCGGCGGCUGGGCGGCCGCGCGGUGGGAGGCGAUCCUGAGGCGCGAUGCGGCGGCGUUGGCAGCCCGUGAGGCGGACGCCGCCCUGGCGCGCGCGGUACAGGAGCACGCGGCGCUGCAGCGCCAGGCGCUGGACGCCGAGCGUGUCGCGGACGCGCGUGUCGCGGCCGAGGGGCGCGCGGUGGAGCGGCGGGCUGCGGCGGAGGGAGUGGCUGAUCAGGUGCGAGCGGUCAGGGGGCUGGUGCGCCAGGCGCAGGAAGCCGCCGCCGAGCUGCGUGGCCAGGCGGCCGGUCUGGCGUCCAGUGCGGAGCAGUGCAGGGCGCUGCUCGCGGCGACGGCGGGGGACGGUCGGAGCGACGGCGGGAAGGCGGAGCUGGCGCGGUUGAAAACGGCGCUGGCCGAUGCUGCGAAGCAGGAGUCGGCCGCGGUCGAGAUGCUGGAGCAGGCAGAGGCAGAGGAGGACGAGGCCCGCGCGGCGCUGGAGGUGGCGUCGAUGCGCCUUGCAGCCCUGCCCGAUGCUGCUGAACUCACACGGCGCCUGCGGGACGCAGAGGCGGCCGCGGCCGACGCGCGGCGCCGGAAGGCCCAGGCCGCUGCGCUCCGCGCGGAGGCGCUGGCCGCGCAGGAGCGCAAGCGGGCGGAGGUGGGGGAGCUGCAUGGGCGCGCGCGGGACGCGCUCAAGGCGGCGAGGCGACUGGAGCGGGAGCGUGACGCGGCGCGUGUCGCCGCAGACGCCGACCGCAAGGCGCUCGAGGCGCUGGGGCGGCGGCUGGCAGAGCUGCGUGAGGAGUGGGGGCAGCACCAGGGGUGGAUGGAGGACGCCCAGCUGCAGCGCUGGGCCCAAGACGACGGGGAGGGUGCGGCCCCGAGCACGGGAGAGGCGGCGCAGGUACCAGACACAGCAGGUAGUUCCGGGGCCGCGGCUGGUCACGGCAAGUCGGAUGACUGCAGCGGCGGCGAGGGCGAGGUCGCCGCGCUGUCCAAGCGGCUGCGCCAGCUGCGCGCGCAGCUGGACUGCCUGGGCCCCAAGAGCACGGCGGCGGCGGCAGAGCACGCGGCCGCGCGUGGGCGUGCGGAGCGCACAGCCUCCAUCUUCGCCCUGGCGGGCCGUCUUGAGGGCGAGAUCGCCGCCCUGGAGGCCGACGUGGCGCGCGGCGCGGCGGGUGUGGCGGCGGCGAAUGAUGCGGCCGCGGACGAGGUGGCUGGGUCGUUCCGGGCGAUGGCGGGCAGCCUGCUGCCCGUGCUGCAGGUGGACCUGGUGCGGACGGGACUGCAGGCGCACGAGGGGCUGCAGAUCAGGUGA